AUGCGGCGCGAAGAAGGGGAUCAUGCCGCGCGCAAACAAGCCAGCUCCCAAUCUGGUGCUGCUGAGAAAGGCCGAUUCACUGUAUUUGGGCAGAAGUCGACUGAAACCCCAGCGCGGGAAGAGAGCACCCAUCAGAAGGCCUCAAGAGAAGAGCCGCCUCCGUCCAAGGAACCAACCAAUGAGUCUACGACGCGUGUGCGAAUAUCAGAAGCACAACCGGCUGUGGAUGAGAUUUCCGAGAGCGUGGAGGAGAAGUCAAAAUCUUCUGAGGGGGAUGGCAGAGAAGAAAAGCGUGGCUCGCGACGGGCACUGAGGGAAAGCCCUAUCAGGACAAAGUAUAGUCCAGAUGCAGGACGCGAGCGGCACAGGCAGCGUGAGGGGCAUGACUCGGCAGAAAACCUGCUGAAGAUUGCUCGUCAAUAUGACCGCGCCGAGUCGAUAGUGGCGGAGAAGAACCAGAACCUGAAGCCGAGUCCACCGUCGAACUCCAGAAUCGGAAAUGUGGGAUCUCUGCUGACGGCGUCUCUCCGAGAGGUGGUGACAGCCUCCAGGGAUCACAACACUGUCAGUACCAAGCUGCUCCAAACCCUUACGGAGAAAGAUGAUGAGGAGCUAAAAGGCACACUUUCUCCUGCAGCCAUGGCGGCGUUGAGCCGACGUUGGUCCAUGCAGGGCAUCAAGGAGGUCUGCGGAGUCGACACCGAAGCCGCGCAGAGCGACUUUCAUGCCAUGCGCGAGAAGGGGAUGUUCUUCUGCGGCUACCAAGAUGCAAACAUGAAGAAGCAGGGCCUGCCGUCCCUUCUCACAGGAGAGGCGGAGUUGGAGGAUAUCUCCAGUUCAGAUAGCGAGGAUGAAGACCAAGAAGCCUUGGAGGCGCGCAGUCAUAAAGCUAUCCUGCGGCCAGAAGAUGACAGGCUGAUCAUGCUACACAAGGUCAAGGGCACAGCCGUGAUGCGGAGAGCGCCUCAGGAUCACGAAGCGGUGCUAGAUUUCGGUGAGUCCCGUAUAAGCGUGCCGCGGGAAAUCAAAGAGACGGGUGGUCAGCUCCAGAAGGUGGCUGUGGAUCUCAAUGACGAUGGCACAGGAAACAUUGUGAUCACCACGCAGACUCCUAGGCGCUCCUGUAACACAGGUGAGCCCAACGCUUUGGCAGAUGUGGUGGACUUGAACAACUUGGAAGAGCGGUCCAGGAAGCAGCCGAACGAUGAUACCUAUCAGAUUUCACGCCACAUAACUCGUGCGCCUCCCAGCUUCAAGGAAUGGGAGGCCUGGAGAGAGAUUCAGCGUCAGAAGCGCAUGGAGUCCACCGAGGAUUCUUUCAUAAGAAAGGCCAGGGACAGCCCGCAGGCCGAGACAAAGACUGCAGCCACCUCCGCCAGGGCAAACAAAGAUGAAAGCGCAAGGAGUCCUAAAGACAACUCCCAGCAAGUCAUUGCACGAAAGGCGCAGCGAAACGACAAGGAAACGGUGCUUGUGGCGGAGCGUAUCGCUGAGCCCCGUGAUGCGUCUGCACCCCCAGACGAAGAAGAGGUGCACCAAGCUUUGCUUCAGCUGGCUGUUGACCCUGGAGUCAUUUCAAAAGCAGCUGGACGAGAGCAGUCUAAAUCUGUGGCGUCCUCGGAGGAUACAGGUUUGUCUGCAGUGCUUACCAAGCGCUGGACACUGAAGUCUUCUACCGGCAAACCGUUUCGCAUUGAUUUCUCUGCAGCAAUGACAGUGCGCGGUGCGCAACAUCAGAAGCCAGUCAACAUGUCUGGUUCUCUGACUGAUGAUGAGACAGGCAGUGGAGGGAGUCAUGCUCUCUUUUGGGGGGAUUUCUUUCUCCCUCUCCCGGAGAAAAGUACGCUUCAGCGCUGGAAGCAGAAGAUGCGUGGCUGUAUCGUGGUGGGCAGUGAUGUCUCUGGGAAGGCCGUCGAGAUGCAGAUGACCAGAUUUCUUUUGAUCUUACCAGUAAACUGGGCAGGAACGCUGAGUGCACCGUGUUACCAUGUCGUCAGGGCUGGCAGUGGUAUACGUGUAAGACGCAGUGCUGCAGUGCUUCUCUGCUGCGAUCAAAACACGAACUCCAUGCGCGCGCAUGCGCGCGCCAAGCCGCUCACCUCCUCCAUCAAGGCGCGCCCGGUGCAGGAAGGCAUGCCGCACGCUGACACUGAGAUGAGCACGACGCCUGGAAUCGUUCUCAUCUUUUGCAGUGUGUUGCUGGCGUAUAGUUGCUCGAAGUUCAUCACUGAGGCCAUGAUCCCUCCGAUGCUGAAGUUGAGAAGGAGUGGGAAGAAAUUGCCCUGCGAACUGAGGAGCUUGCCAAAGAGGCACACCUACCUACGAACCACAUGGAGCUCGUGCAAAGCAAUCAUUGGCUCAUGCAAGGCAAGGGAAACCAAGGGCAAGGUUGCGGUGCAGCAGGACGUGCUUUCUCCAGCAUCCAGAAGCUGUGAUAAAGAUCCUGGUGCAAACAUUGUGCUGGGUACAAAGGCUCUCAGCAAGCCCAUAUCCUACAAGGAGGCAACGUCGGCAGGGCAGAACGUGUUGUUUUGGAGGAUCAGUGGGGAAUUAUUCGACCUGGAGCAGGUUCAGUCAUGGCUAGCAGACAGCGCGCCAUGCAAAGAUGCACCAAGAACGCUGGAGCAGGUGGACUUUGUCUUCAAGCUGAAAGCAACGAUGUUCGAUUUCAACGACAAAACACACUACCGAAUGCUGCACACCAUGUACAGCAAGCUCGCACGGUGCAAGGUCUGCCCUCGUAUCGGCAGUCACUGGGAGGUCCUCGGGUUUCAGGGCACGGAUCCAACGACGGACCUGAACCGGUCGGGUGGAUUGCUGAAUGUCGUCCACAUGUUCUUCUGUUUCUCGCACUUCUUCGAAAUCUACAAGGCUGCUUAUCUGCUCUCUCAGGACGACCAGCAGAAUUUCCCGUUGGCUGCAGUAGCCAUCAAUAUCACCAAGAUGGUUAUGGACGAACUGACAGCUGGAAGCCUGUCAAGCAUUAUUGGCAGCGACAACAAGGAGGUUCUCUCGAUUGUUGAGAUCACCUGCGAGAUGUUCAGUGGUGGAGUAUAUCAUUUCUAUAGCAGAUGGCGGACGCAGAAGCGUACGAUCAG